AUGUUGAGGUUGCGAAUUACAGAAAACCAUCAGCGCAUUCGCAAGUUUGAGAGGGACCUUAUGCCACUUGAGAAUACAAUCAGGAAUACGCGUGGAGAGCGAUUAUGGCGUAGACUUCAAAGAGAACUCGUUGGCUAUUUGGGAGAUCUGAAGGCAACAACAAUCGAGAAGCAUCAAACUAAACUUAAAAAUUGGCAGAAGGUAAAAAGCAACGAAGCGAGAUAUGUAAAUCGGGAAUCGAAAUGGCUUGUAAACCUUUCUACUAAGUCAUUCACUACAGAUGAGGUUUCUCUUCUGUGUAAGGAUUUGAAGUUUGCCCCAACACCUAGAAAAAUACCCACUAUGGAUAUGAUAGCUGAAAUUGAAAAUGCUAUUUGGAAUUUGGAUGAUCUAAGCAAAGCGGAAAUAAGAAUGGAAACGAGCAACAGUCUGAAAAGAGCGAGGCUUCCGAAGGAUAAUAUGUCUAAGGUAGAACGACAAACUUUAAAGGGUUUGCAAGCAGAUGAGAGUAUUAUCAUUCUGAAGGCUGAUAAAGGCAAUAGAACUGUAGUAAUGGACCGGACGGAGUAUGACGAGAAGAUAUUGAACAUGCUAAAUGACCAACAGACGUACAAGAAGCUCGAGAAGGACCCAAGGAAUGUAUGUGAAAAAGAGAUGAAAAAGCUUCUCUCAUCAAAAGCGGAGAGAAUGGAUGAUAAAUUACUUAAGAAGUUGAAGACAACUGACGGCCCAACACCGAGGAUAUACGGGUUGCCUAAGAUCCAUAAGAAUAAUAACCCUUUGAGACCGAUAGUCAGUUUUUCCGGAUCCACGACAUACCAAUUAUCUAAGUAUUUAUCGCUGAUUCUUUCACCCUUGGUUGGUAAGACUGAAUAUCAUAUCCGCAAUACGUACGAGUGGGUAAAUAAAGCUAAACAAUGGAAAUUGAACAAUGAUGAGGAGCUUAUUUCAUUUGAUGUUAUAUCUCUAUUUACCUCGAUUCCUACCGACCUUGCGUUAGAUGUUGCUUUGAAUAGAUUGGAGAACGACCCUACUCUAAGGGAAAGGACAUCGCUUAUGCCUCAAGAUAUUAUUGAACUAUUGGCUUUUUGUUUGAAUUCGACGGAGUUUCAAUUCCGGGGAAAUUUUUACAAACAAAUUCACGGAAUUGCGAUGGGUUCGCCAGUGUCAGUCGUGGUGGCAAAUCUAGUAAUGGAACACCUGGAGACUAAAGCAUUAGAUACCUUCCCACAACGUCCAAGGAUGUAUUAUAGGUUUGUUGAUGAUACACUUUCGGCGGUAAAGAAGUCUAGUAUUAAUGAUUUCCAUAAACACUUAAACUCGCAAAAUCCUCAUAUACAGUUUACCAUCGAACAUUAUGAGGACAGGGGUAUACCAUUUCUGGAUACGUUAAAUGUUGUUGAGUCAGAUGGGUCCAUUAAGACGUCGGUUUAUAGAAAGGCAACACAUUCGGACCGAUACCUGAACUUCUCGUCACAUCAUCCUCUCCAACAUAAAACGUCCGUUGCCAAGUCGUUGUACUACAGAGCAGACAAAGUUAGUUCAGAUGAAGCGAGUCGAAGAAAAGAGGAGAAACAUGUUUUUGAAUCUUUACAGAAUAAUGGUUAUCCCAAAGAUUUUUUAUUGAAGGUCAGGAGAAAGAUGAAACAGAAAGAAGCUGAUAUGGAUAAUAAUGAGGCAGUAGAAACGGAAAUGGCGAGAGGUAUGGCAGUACUUCCUUUUGUUCAAGGAACUACAGAGAAAAUAAAGAGAGUAUUAGAGAGACAUAAUAUUAAUGUUGCAAUAAGACCGGUUUCAACGCUUAGAAAUUAUUUAAUGAAGCCCAAAGAUAAGUUACCUCACUUAGAUCAAACAGGCGUCGUUUACUCCAUCCCUUGCCAGGAUUGUGAUGUUAAAUAUAUUGGUGAAACGGGUCGUGCAUUAGGAACAAGAAUAAAAGAACAUCAUGCAAGUGUAAAGAAUGGGAAGGUGGAAAACUCAGCUUUGGCAGAACAUGUAGUUGACAAUGAUCAUCGCAUUGUGUGGGAUGAUACCAAGGUCGUAUGUAAGGAAAGUCGGUGGUCGCAUAGAAAAUGGAAGGAAGCCUGGAUUAUGGAAAAUGAGAAGAGUGCCAUUGCCAAUAGAGACAAUGGCAGAACAUUGCCGGAAGUUUUUAGAACGCUAAUUGAUAAAGACUAAAUAAUGCUUUGUUGACGCUAUAAUACGCUAUUAUGACUCUUUUAUCCAGUGUCUUAUUAUGGCUCUUUUGUUGACUCUAUAUUACGCUUAUAUGACUCUAUUAUGACUCUUUUGUCUUUUAGUCUAAUUAUUCAAAAAACCUAGUAUUUUAGUUAGGUCAUUGACAUGUAAAUAGUAUUUAAGCGACUGAUCAUUUUUGCCAUUUUAAUCCUGACGAUGGACGCUUAGUCCGAAAGCUUGAUUUAUAUUUUACGUUUUUUAAACUGUAAAUAAAGAUUUUUACCAGUGCAACAUACUACCACUACAAUGAAACUUCCUGGUAACAUAACCACACUAAAAUAUUCAAAGUGUCUAUACAGCCGGCUAUUUAGUAAACUGUCACUUGUCAAUCCAUACUCAUCGAAUUUUCAAAACUUUAUUGUGAUCAUAUGAAGCAAAAGUUCUGUCACUUGUUGUUUACACUUGCCAAUGUUAACUGUUGAGUAACAUACAAACUAUUCGAGGAACAUGCAUUACUGUAGCAAAGAGUCAAUCAUAUAUCGAAGACCAUGCACUGAAUAGUAGAGAAUGUUUUGAAGGUCAUGAGUGAAGUAUAUAAUUCAAUUCCAACCAUGUGCACAGUUAAUGAUAUACCACACUGUUUUAACUCAGCAUAUCCACACAAAAACAAUUUGUGUUGUGGGAAAAUAUCUGUUUGAGUAGAAGGUAUCACAAGUUUAGUUUUGUACAUUGUGUGCCAUUGAUCUGAUCCAUCCAUAUAAUAUAUGAUUAUUGUAGCUGUUAAGUUAUUUUCCAUACUGAUGAAUUUAGGUAAGAUUGUCUUGCAAGUGGGUUGUUCUGACAAAAUUAUCCAGCCAAUAUCCAGUAGAUCAGUACAUGUAUUCAUUAUUCUUGUAUUAAUCUCUAAACAAAAACAUUUAUAUAAGAAAGCAAAAUGACAAUGUAAUGAGAGGGAGGGUGGGGAUUCUUUUAUUAGCAGUUGAAAAUGGUUGUAACAAUUUUGUUUAAUUAACUCUAUUGUGUAAAGCCAAAAUGUAUAAGUAUAAUUUUAACUGAUGACAUCUUUACCUUUGCUCUAAUACUACAUUUGAUGACAACUUAGUUGGACUGUUGUACGUUUGAACAGAGGUACAGAAAUACAGGACCAGGAUUUAAUUCAAUAUCUCCUGAGAACAUUAGUUUCUUGUGAUAUUUUUAAUUGGCAAUAUAAUGCCUGCAGCCAGAGUUUUGACUGUUUAAAGUAUUUAUACACAAUGAUUGUUUUUAUACUGUAUAAAUGUAUAUAAUAAAAUAUGUGGUAUUUGGCUACUUACCAGAUAAGGAUAAGUUUCCAUGUUGAUAGAUAACAUUGGAAUAAUAUCACAAGUAGAAUGGUGAAAACAAGACAGCCAAUUCAAGAUAAAAUCAAGAUGUUUUGAAGCCAAAAUAUGGCAAAGAAUAACACGAGUACAUUACACGAGGCCAAACUACGCCCGUUCGCAGGUUAGGUGCGAGCACGAUGUAAACAAUUGAUGUAAGCUAAUAGCUGAUUGGCUUAAUUAUAUAAGCUCGUCGCUGAAUGACUAUGGGUAAUGUUAAUACUAAUCUGCUUCGCAGAGACAAAAAUAAAGAUAUACACCGGCACUGUAUUGAUAUAUGUUCAUACCUGCAAGUUUUUUUCAUUAUAAAAGUGUAUUUUCGCAAUUUAGAUGGGGUGGGUGGGUCAUGAAAUAAAUUUGGUAAGAUUGGAUGGGCUUUGAAAUUUUUAUCUACAUCCUAAGAUGGGUCACCAAACUUAUUGGCAAAAUUUGUGAUUUACCUCCAGCCCACCCUAGCAGUUACUUUAUGACCAGUCCCCAAGCAAAUUAGGAAAAGUUAAGCCAACCUCCGUCGCAGGGACUUUCCAUCGGCUGGGAAAGACCCUGCUAUCGGCUGGUCACGUGUCUCCCAGAAUCUGGGAGAUAACAAAAUAAUUUAAUUAGGGUGGGUAACUAAGUACGUUUUGUCAUUGAGCAAGGAGUGAGCGAAGAAAUAACGCAGAAAUCAUGCAGGAAAUAUUUACAAAAUUGUAUAUUUUAUUUUGUCAUGAAUACUAUCAAUGUUACACAAUAAUGAAUAUCAAAUUUCAUUGUGCGCAGAAUGUCGGUGAGCAAAGAUAGAUCAGAUUUCAAUAGACAAAUUUGCCGAUACAGCUCGUCGAAGAGAUCAACACGUCGCAAACGUUACAAGAAAAUAUAUUUCUACACCGGUACCGAGGGAUGUGGCUGUUAUUUAGCUGUUGAUGUGACAUCUAUCCUAAAGGAUUUAUUUAAUACUGAGAUGUGUAACGAAAUAUAGAGAUCUUUUGAUUUCUGAAAUAUUGCAAACAAUGUUGCUUGUAAACAAUGCUACUCGGACUGCUGAAACUUCAGAACCAUCCUCAGAGAUACGAAAAACCCGAAUCUGUUGAAACUUGAUGCUCAAGAAAUAUGUCGAAGUAUACCUAAAAUAAUCCGACAAUAGCCUACUCAAAGAUAAGUCAAAGACUCGUUUGUGCGUGUAUGUUUAUACAAAUACAAAUACGAAUACUGUUAUGUUUGACAUUUUAUAGGACAUUUAG